GAAUCAGUGAAUUGUGAUGGUAACAGAAAAGCUGCAUAUGUGAUACCGCUCAGAUCAGCUAAAAUUCGAAAACGCUCAAUGUCCAGGUACCCAGAGCUACUAUCUUAUCUUAUCUAAAAGCGUUAAUGUUUUCUGUCAUAAUAAUUCUCCCACCGAUCCCAGCACGACCAUUUUCUACCUUUUAAUUCGUAGGAAGUUGUCUUGUGGUGUCACGUGAAGAAUUUUGCACUUCUUGCAUUUCUCGUUGAAUACAAAAGUAAUAAAAAUUGUAUUGUUUCAACUAGUUGAUCAUAAGCGAACGAAUAACGCCUUGUUUGGUUUCUGCAUGUCGAAUUUAUUCCGGUUCCACAGUGUUUAGUUUCUAUCUGGACUACUGAAAGAUGAUUCGCUUAAUUGGCUUACACUAUACCAUUGGAUUUCUACUGUUAAGUUUUUCGUUGGCGAUAAGCAAUCAAUAUGUGAUAAAUGAUGAAAAUAAUGACGCUGUUUGGAAUCAAUACGAUGCAAAUUGGGAAGAUAAUCCGUUUUUACUAGAUGACAAUGCUCAUGUGAUUUUGAAGAGGGAUGCUGACGAUGUUCCUUUAGAAGGCGCUGCCAAUGAGACCAAAGAGGUACACUUGAAUAGCGAUCCUCUGGUAGCCGCUGAAUCAGAACUGAGUGGAAAUGAGCCAGUUUUCCAUACCAACUCUUCUCUGCCAGAAGAAACCCCUUUUGACACCGCCAAAGACCAAAUCGCUGACGAUUCUCCUAAAGGAGCGAACGAACAAAUUGAAGAAGCUCCCAUCGAACCUGCCCAGCAUGCACAAGAUGAAGUAGUUGCAGUUGAGGAACCUGCGGUGCAAUCGGCUGACGAUUCUGCAACCGAUGAAAAAUCUGCGCCUGUAGAUGAGGCUGUAGCAUCUGGUUCGCUUAAUCAGACUGAGCCAGUAUUAGAACAAAAGCAGCAGGCUGCUGAAGAACUGGUACCAGUUCCAGAUGUAUCAGAAUCUGGAAAAGGUGAUGAAGAAAAAAACGUUGCACCAGACGAAGAAUCUGUGCCAGCGGGAGAUGUUGAUGUAGUUGUCCCAAUCGAUCAAGAUCCACCUGUGGUAGAACCAGAAGAGCAGCAGCCCGUUGAAGAACCUCAACCGGUUGCAGAUGCUUCAGACAAAGAAUCUGAACCAGCGGGAGAUGUUGAUGCAGUUGGUCCAAUUGAUCAAGAUCAACCUGUGGUAGGUCAAGAAAAUCAACAACCCGCUGACGAACCUGAACCAGUUGCAGAUGCUUCAGAACCUAUACAAGAUGAUGAUGUUGCAUCAGACUUAAUCCCUGCACCAGCAGAAGAGGAGGAAACGGUUGAUGCCGUUGUCCCAGUUGAUCAAGAUGGGCCUGAGUUAGAUCUAGACGAACAGCAAACCGUUGAGGAGCCUAAAUCUGCUGCAAAUGCUUCAGAAGCUGUAAACAUUGACGAUGAUGAAAAGGAUAUUGGAUCAGUCGACGAAACCGCGUUAGAUAAAGAAGAGCCGUCGGUCGACGCAGAAUUUGGAGCAGCGUUAAAUAUUUCAGGGGCUAUAGAAAUUGAUGAAAACGCGCAAGAUGUUGCAUCAGACGAUGAACAAUCCGAAGGAAAUAAUGCAGAAUCAAAUGUUGAAGAACAUGAAAUCCUGAAAGAACCUAGUUUAGUAGAGCCGGUUUACUAUGGGAACGAAACCGAAGAGCACGUACCAUCAGGGGAAAAUGGCGAUGAAUUAUCUGAACAAGAGCAAGAAUUGCUAAACGAAAACCAGGAAAGCGUAGAUACAAAUGAUGACACUGGUGAUGAAAGCCCUGGCGAAGAGCCGCCUGCAGAGGAAGGAGUAGCGCUAAAAGAAAACGAAAACGGUAUAGAUACAAACUCUUCCGCUGGUAAUGAAGAACUUGGUGGCGAGGCUGCAGUGAUCGCAUUAGUACCUCUAACGGAAAAUCGAGACAGUGUAGAUGUAAAUGAGUCGGCUGCUGAGGAAAAUCCCGUGGUUGAAGAAGAGCAGCCUAUUGUGGAAGGUAAAGAAAUUGCCGAAGAUGCGGUCAAGCCCUCUGAAGGAGAACCAGCAGGUGUAGAAGAGAAUGGAGAUUCAGCUUCAGACGGUGCUCCACCUCAGGCUCCUGAUUCUCCACCUCAGGACUCCGAUAAGAAAGAAGAAGAUGUUGCAAGUAAACCAAGCUCAGAUGACGACAGUGACUUGAAUCCACCUCCACUAAUCCACAAUAUAUCAACCGAAACCCCGGCUUCAAGCUCAGAUAAAUCUACAAGUAGUUCUUCAGAAGAUGCUGUGGAGGCAACUCAGAAACCCAAAGAAGCGGAAGUUGUAGAUGACCACCAAUCGGGGAACGCAAUUUUACUAAAGAAUCCUCAUACUUCACCGGGAUCAUCUGUUGAGGGCAGCGAUACUGACAAGCUCUUGUCUAACUCUCCUGUUAAUGCAAAUUCUAAAAGUCUAGCAACUGAAAAUGAGCCCCAGCCAAACACCGGUGAAAGUACUACCAAUGUUUCCAAAGCAGGCAAAGAUGCCACUAUCCUCAUAGUUCUUUUUGUUAUUGUUAUAAUCAUUGGUGCAGCAGCGCUUACGCACCAUUUUAUCAAGAAGCGCAAAGAGAAAAUUUCAGAACAAGCUGAAGUAGGCAAUGGCAUCAGAAUGGCUGACAAGAAUUCUGAAGACAUAGAAAAAGGAACUGAAAUGAAGCCCUUGAUUAAGUCUAACAAUACCCUCAUUGUAAAAGAAUAUUCAGACAAGAAGAAUGAUGCAGCAUAAAGAAACGAUAGCUUUUUAUUGCCAGCGUCAGUGCGCUUUGUGAUAAUAUUUUCGUUUAUGGUUUAGAAUCAGUGAACUAAGUGGGAACAAACUGGAUACAUUGUAUGUUUGAAUAUUUUAAUUGUUAAAAAAACUGAUAAUUUGUUAACUAUCAAUAAGAUUCAGAACUGCGCCAUUACUCAAUUAUAACUUAUUUAUUAUUUAUUUUCACCACCUUAAAUGACGCCUGUUGCAAUUUAGAAAUGCAAAUAAGUCGUAACUUACUUAUAAUUUGCCAAUAAUUAAUAUAUUUUACAUACGUCUACCGCGACAUAUAUAAGCUCAUAUAGUAUGUUAUGUACUUUUUAGAUAUGUAGUGAUAAUUUUACUGGAUUCAAAUGCGUUGUUGCAUUCAAAAAAUAUACCACUUUCAUAGUAAAA